AUGUAUCAGUCUUGUCUUGAGAAGGGGUCAGUUCAGCACAGGGCGGCUAAUGUCCUCUUCUGCUGCAGAAACAAACCCCACACCACAACAGACAAGACUCCUACACAACUGUUUUUGAAGAGAGAACUCAGGACACACCUCUCCUUGGUGAAACCCAGUUUACAAUUUAUAAAGGCAUGUAGAAAAGUAACAUAAAGCUUCAAAAUUAUACAGGGAUGGGCUGCACCCCAAGGGGCAAAGUUUUGAUUUGUAUCAACCAGUUAGAGUACAAAACACCAGGGGAGGGAAGGAGAAAUGGAUACCAGGUACAAUUGUGGCUGUGAAGGGUCCAGAAACCUACCUGGUUCGAGUUCCCGGUAAUGCUCGUCGCUAUGUGCGUGCUAAUCACUUGAUACCUGAUGAUGCCAGAGGCAUGAGUGCCCAUAAGGAAAUCGUCACACCAGAAAUGGUAGAGCAUAAUCCACCCUUAGAUUUUCAGAGGGAACCUUUCGUUCCCGAAACAAGG